AUGAAGAAAUCGGCCAAAUCUACACCAGAAGAAGAUAAAAGAGACAUUGAGAAUGGAGGUGAGAAGAAAAAAGAAAAGACACUGAGUGUUGGAUACUUUCAGCUGUUUCGAUUUGCCACCUGCAAAGACACGGUGAUGAUGGUGGUGGGGGGGCUGUGUGCCGUCAUCCACGGCGCAGCUUCACCUCUCAUGCUGCUCGUGUACGGCCAGAUGACAAACACAUUUGUGGCGUAUGAGCUUGAAGUCCAAGAACUGAAAGACACAAACAAGAUAUGCAACAUCACCACCAAUACCAUCUACUGGAUAAAUGGCUCCAUAUAUGAAACAGCUGAAAACACCACUGUAAUCUGUGGGGUGGAUAUUGAAGCACAGAUGACCAUGUUUGCAUAUUACUAUAUUGGAAUAGGGGUAGCAGUUCUGGUUGUGAGUUAUUUUCAGAUUGUUUUAUGGGUGGCAUCAGCUGCAAGACAAAUUGAUAGGAUGAGAAAGACUUAUUUCAGAAAAGUGAUGCAAAUGGAGAUCGGAUGGUUUGACUGCAACUCUGUUGGUGAACUGAACACAAGGCUGUCAGAUGACAUCAACAAGAUCAACAAUGCCAUCGCCGACCAGGUGUCUAUGUUCAUUGAGAGGAUCUCUACCUUUGUGUUUGGCUUCAUGGUUGGAUUCAUCGGCGGAUGGAAGCUGACUUUGGUGGUCAUCGCUGCCAGCCCGCUGAUUGGUAUAGCUGCUGGACUUAUGGCCCUGGCUGUGGCCAGGCUGACAGGACGAGAGUUAAUGUCCUACGCGAAGGCAGGGGCGGUGGCUGACGAGGUCCUGUCCUCCAUCAGGACAGUAGCAGCGUUUGGUGGAGAGGAUAAAGAAGCUGAAAGAUAUGACAGAAACCUUGCAGAAGCUCAGAGCUGGGGAGUGAAGAAGGGAACCAUCAUAGGCAUUUUCCAAGGAUACCUGUGGUGCAUCAUUUUCUUAUGUUUUGCCUUGGCCUUCUGGUACGGAUCCAAACUGGUCAUAGACACCAACGAGCUGUCUCCUGGUACUCUUAUUCAGGUUUUCUUUGGAGUACUGAUGGCAGCUAUGAACCUGGGCCAGGCCUCACCCUGUCUGGAGGCCUUUGCUUCUGGCCGCGCUGCAGCAAAAACAAUCUUUGACACAAUUGACAGGGAACCAGAAAUUGAUUGUUUCUCAGAAGAAGGUCACAAGUUAGACAAAGUAGAAGGUGACAUUGAGUUCCAUAAUGUCACUUUUCACUACCCAUCACGGCCUGAAGUCAAGAUAUUAGAUGAUCUGAGCAUGAAGAUCAAAGCAGGAGAAACCACUGCUUUUGUGGGACCAAGCGGAGCUGGAAAAAGCACCACGAUCCAGCUCUUCCAGCGGUUUUAUGACCCAAAGGAGGGAACGGUGACUUUGGACGGCCAUGACAUCCGCACUCUAAACAUUCAGUGGCUCAGGUCUCUCAUUGGUAUUGUAGAGCAGGAACCAAUGCUGUUUGCCACAACUAUUGCAGAAAACAUCCGCUAUGGUCGACCUGGAGUAACCAUGGAAGACAUCAUCCAGGCGACAAAAGAGGCUAAUGCCUAUCAUUUUAUCAUGGCUCUACCACAGACAUUUGAUACUCUGGUGGGAGAAGGUGGAGGACAGAUGAGUGGAGGACAGAAGCAGAGGAUUGCUAUCGCUCGAGCCCUGAUCCGAAAUCCCAGGAUCUUGCUGCUGGAUAUGGCUACAUCUGCCCUGGACAAUGAGAGCGAGGCUGUUGUCCAGGAGGCACUGGAUAAGGUGCGUACAGGCAGGACAACCAUUUCUAUCGCCCACCGACUUUCCACCAUCAGAAAUGCAGAUGUCAUCAUUGGUUUUGAGCACGGACAGGCUGUGGAGAAGGGAACACACAGUGAGCUGAUAGAAAGGAAAGGAGUCUACUUCACCUUGGUCACCCUGCAGAACCAAGAGGACUCUGAUUUCAAAGUGAGGAGUCGCUCCUCCAGUAAAAGGUAAAGUAAGGGCUCUGUCCGACUUCGAUCACAAAGCAAACUGUCAAGUUACUCAUUACCAGACAGCCUCAGGGUCCUUUCGGACAAGGAGUUCACAACAGAUGAGGAAAAUCAAGAUGAAGAUGAUCCAGACGAACAUGUCGAGCCUGCUCCAGUAGCUCGUAUCCUCAAAUACAACCAACCCGAGUGGCCCUACAUGGUGCUGGGCUCGCUGGGAGCUGCUGUCAAUGGCUCUGUCAACCCCAUCUAUGCUAUAUUGUUCAGCGAAAUUCUUGGGACGUUUGCCAUUCGUGACUUGAAUGAACAGAGGGAGCAAAUCAACGGGAUAUGUAUUCUGUUCUGCAUUGUGGCUGUAGCUAGUUUCUUCUCCCAGUUUUUACAGGGAUACGCUUUUGCCAAGUCUGGAGAGCUGCUGACCCGCCGUUUGAGAAAAGUGGGCUUCCAGGCCAUGUUGAGACAGGAGGUUGGUUGGUUUGAUGACCCCAGAAACAGCCCUGGAGCUCUGACCACCAGACUGGCCACUGAUGCAUCCAUGGUGCAGGGGGCAACUGGGUCUCAGAUCGGUAUGAUCGUGAACUCGCUGACCAGCAUUGGAGCGUCUUUCAUCAUCGCUUUCUACUUCAGCUGGAAGUUAACUUUGGUAAUUCUGUGCUUCCUGCCGCUCAUCGGGCUGUCUGGGGUGUUCCAAGCUAAAAUGCUGACAGGUUUUGCAAAUGACGAUAAAAAAGCCAUGGAAGAUGCAGGUCGGGUAUCCGGUGAGGCUCUCGCCAAAAUCAGGACGAUUGCAGGCUUGGCGAAAGAAAGCUCAUUUGUGGGAUCAUAUGAGGAGAAACUUCUGCUUCCGUUUAAAUCUGCCAAAAAGAAAGCCAACAUCUAUGGGCUUUGCUUCGGUUUCUCCCAAUGUGUCAUCUACAUGGCGUAUGCUGCUUCCUUUAGAUAUGGAGGCCAUCUGGUUAGCUCUGAGGGGUUACAGUACAUGUUGGUGUUCAGAGUGAUUACAGCUGUAGUAAUCAGCGGCACAGCCCUGGGCAGAGCUUCCUCCUUCACUCCAGAUUACGCCAAAGCCAAAACUGCUGCAGCUCAGUUUUUCAAACUUCUGGACCGAGUUCCCAAAAUCAGCAUAAACCCUUCAGAUGGAGAGAAAUGGGAUAACUUCAGAGGUGAUAUAGAGUUCCUCAAUUGCAAAUUCACCUAUCCAACUCGGCCAGAUGUCCAGGUGUUGAACGGCCUGGUUGCGUCCGUGAAGCCUGGUCAGACCAUGGCGUUUGUUGGGAGCAGCGGCUGCGGGAAAAGCACCAGUGUUCAACUGUUGGAAAGGUUCUAUGACCCUGAUGCAGGGCAAGUGUUGAUUGAUGGUCGGCCAUCUCAAAAAGUCAACGUGCCCUUCCUGAGAUCUCAGAUCGGUAUAGUGUCCCAGGAGCCGGUGUUGUUUGACUGCAGCAUCGCGGAGAAUAUUCAGUAUGGAAACAACACCUGCAGCGUCAGCGAGGAAGAGAUUGUUGAGGCCGCUAAGAAAGCCUUCCUUCAUGACUUUGUGAUGACGCUACCAGAUAAAUAUGAGACUCAGGUUGGUGCCCAGGGCUCCCAGCUGUCACGAGGACAAAAGCAACGUAUUGCUAUUGCACGGGCCAUCGUCAGAAACCCCAAGAUCCUGCUGCUUGAUGAAGCGACCUCUGCCCUGGACACAGAGAGUGAACAGACCGUCCAGGCUGCUUUGGACGAGGCGAGGAAAGGACGAACCUGCAUCGUCAUCGCUCACCGGCUGUCCACUAUCCAGACUGCUGACAUCAUAGCAGUGAUGUCUAACGGAGCUGUCAUAGAGCAAGACACACAUGACAGACUCAUGGCCAAGAGAGGCGCCUAUUAUAAACUGGUCACAACAGGCGCUCCUAUCAGCUAGACGCCUGAAGACACAUAUGAUGAGAGUAUGAGGAAAACUAUUUUGUAUGAGUCUUAUUGUACAUUUAAAUGCUAGCAAUGCCCUCAGGGAUUGUACAUAGUAAGUCAUGGGAAGACC